UGUCACUGUAUAGUGUGUUUAUGUUUAUUCUGUUUUUUAAGAUAUAUCUUCUAUUCAUCCUAGAGGAUAGAACUGAAUGAGAGAGGAAAAGAGUAACAUUGAACAAGAGAAGGAGCUCAGAACAAUAUAGACAAAGAUAGAGAUGGGGUUUUGGGAAUUGUUGGAGGUGGCUUCUGCGCCAGUUAUUGAAGUCCUACUUAUCAGUGCAGUAGGAGUUUUUAUGGCAACAGAAAGUUGUAAUAAUCUUCUUUCACCAGACUUUAGAAAAUCCUUGAACAAGGUUGUCUUCAUUGCGUUCACUCCUUCACUUAUAUUUGCCAGUUUUGCCAAGAAUGUUUCUCUUGACGAAAUGAUAUUAUGGUGGUUUAUGCCCGUUAACAUUGGACUUACCUUCUUAAUUGGAGGGAUUCUGGGAUGGAUAAUUGUAAAAGUACUGAAACCAAACUUGAAACUGCAAGGGCUUAUUAUUGCUUCUUGUUCAACAGGAAACAUGGGUAAUCUUCCUAUUGUAAUUAUCCCUGCUAUCUGCAAUGAAAAGGGAGGUCCAUUUGGUGAACUUGAUGAUUGCCGCAAGAGGGCUCUCUCUUAUUCUUUUUGCUCUUUGGCGCUUGGUGGUGUCUUCAUCUGGACCUAUACUUACCAACUAAUGCGAAACACAUCCUUGAGAUAUAAAGCAUUUGAGGCUGCCGAGAUCUUAAAGAUGCCCAACAAAGGCCUAGAUGCUGAUGAAGAAACUGGCUUUCUCAAGCGAAAUGCCGGAGACUCAGCAAAUCAAAUUCUUGUAGACCAAUGUGCGUCCACUGUGUCUAUGAAUAGUGAAACAUCUUUAUGGCAUAGAAUGACGGAAACUGUUGGUCAUUUCCUGACAGAACUAAUGUCACCCCCAACAAUUGCUACGUUUUUUGGUUUUCUCUUUGGUGGGGUUGAAUGGCUAAGGAAUCUAAUAAUAGGACGCGAAGCUCCACUACGAGUGAUCCUAGACUCCAUUCAAUUACUAGGGGAUGGUACAAUUCCUUGUAUCACUGUUUUGCUUGGAGGCAACCUUACACAAGGCAUGCAGUCAUCAAGUGUCCAACCAUUGGUCGUGAUAUGUAUCAUCAUAGCUCGACUAGUCUUGCUACCUGCCAUUGGAUUUUUUGUUGUUAGAGGGGCUGCAAAUUUUGGUCUGCUCCCAUUGGACCCUUUGUUUCAGUAUGUGCUAGUGAUUCAGUAUGCCUUGCCACCUGCAAUGAACAUCAGUACCAUGGCGCAGCUAUUUGAUGUAGGCACUGAAGAGUCUUCAGUUAUUAUCUUGUGGACAUAUGGUGCUGCAACUAUUGCUCUCACUCUCUGGUCAACAUACCUCAUAUGGAUAUUUUCUUAACAUUAAGAUAGGCGAUGGCUUUAAUAUCCAACCAAACAUAUCGAAGGAGAUGACACUCUCCUAAUAGUUGUAUACAGCUGAGAAAAUUGUGCAGUAAGUUCCUUUUCAGCUAUUUGGUUUCAGUGGUAGCUGUUCAAGAAGGAUGGCAUUUUGCAUGAUAUUUACGUUCUAGAAUGAACUACACCAUAAACUAUCUAUGAAAGAAGUUAGCAGGUAGGGUAAAGAUU